GAAACUUUGAAGACACCACAAGUUUUAAUUCAGUUAUAAAUUGUUAAAUAAUCGCAAGUAAUCACCAAGUGAAAUCAUAUUAAUAUAAUAAUCAUCAAUUGUCACAAUUAGUGAUCUUCCAUUUGAUUUGUUGUACCAAUUGAAAUCUUAAAUUACUUUCCAAAUAAACAGUAAAAAAAAGUCUCAGCAAGAUGAUUAAAAUUGAUUCGAUUGUUGGUUUAAUUGUUGCCCUUGUGUUUACCUUAUUAUUUUGUGUUCUAAAUGUUCAAUCGGUUAAUAUUCAUCUGGCCAAACGCAGUUUCGACAAAGCUUCGUGCAAUGGUUCAUAUAAUAUUCAAUAUUACGCUCGACUCGAUCGUAUCUGUGAAGAGUGCUACCAGUUAUACAGGGAAUCUCAUCUACAUAGUAGCUGCAAAGCUAACUGUUUCAAGAACGAUAUAUUCACUAAAUGUGUGAUCGCUUUACUAUUGGGGGAUAAGCAGAAAGAGUUCGAGAACAUGGUAAACGAACUUGGCAGAUAACCUUUUUUCUGUUGUUGUUGUUCCAUCUAAUUAACAAUCUAAUUAACCAAAUAAAUCACAUCUCAAUCUUCAUCAUCAUCAUCACAAUUAAUCGUUUAAAUCAUUGCCCUUUAAUUUAUUUCAUAAAAGUAAAAAUAUCAACUUGAAGUCAAAAUAAAAAGUAUCACAUUGAAAAUGAUUAUCGCUCUCAUCUCUUGUUUAUUUUUCAUUUCAUUUUAAAUUGUUGACAAAACUUAUCGAUUAAAACUCAA